AUGUCGUUAUCCAAAGCUAUGACAGAAUGGGAGAGAAUAGAUGCUCAACUCGAAUGCGUUCUUGGAUCAUAUCUCAACGCAUGUCAAGCCUUAGAAUCUCUAAGUACAACGCAUCCGCCUGAUAUUCCUCCCGCCGGAAUAGCAUCUUCUCUACUAAAGCGCCUUGAAAACUUUCAGACUUGUCACAUACAACGGCUUAGUUACUCUCGUUUCUCCUUGAUACGAGCCCGAAACAAACUUUUAGGGACAGCGUGCAACCUUCCCGAGGAAAUUCUAGCUGAAAUAUUUUGGCUAGCAGUCAAAGAUGCUGACUCUCACGACCAGUUCCUUGGAAACCUCGGGCGAGCUAGGUACAAAUGUCUCCACAGGCUCCUCGCUGUUUGCACAGUCUGGCGAAGAGCCGGGCUCUCUUAUGGAAAAUUUUGGUCCUUAAUACCGUUGAUGAAUACAAGGUCGGCUGGGCAAGCAAUUGAAUACACUCUGGUGAGGUCCCAAGAGGCCAGGCUUCAUCUUGCUGGGGUGGUGGGCAACACAACGGCUUCUAUGUUUAUCCGCCACGGCAUAGAUUCUAACGGCCCUCGUUUUCGAUCUGUCAACCUUUACACAGAACGGUUAGCUCCAAGGUCGCAGUCUAUGCGCAAUGCUGUUGCCGCCUUUUUAAAGUGCAAUCGGCCAGGUCGACUCGAGGAACUAUCAUUAUGUCACCGGCCUGUGCUACCAUUAUCAUUUCGAACUUCAGAAUAUCUCUUUCCCAGACUCUCUGUUGAGGAUGAGAUGUUGAGCCGUUUCGCUGAUUCGCUCAGUGUUCUGCGAAUCGCUGGUUUAAAUCUUCAUUGGAGUAACUUAACCCUCACAGGUCUCGUGGAAUUAAGGAUACAGCACAUCGCGCUCGAAGAAGCCAGCCUAACGGAGUUUUUGGUUACUAUCGCUUCAGCACCCAAACUACGUAACUUGUAUAUCAUACGCGUUGCUGCUGUUCACAACCCACCCACCAUCUCACGGCUCGACCGUCCUAAUCUUCCAAUUUCGCUUCCCAUGCUGGGCUAUCUUUACCUUCAAGACUUGUACAAGGAUACUCUCGAGUUUCUACUGCGGUCAAUUGGCGACGGAAACUACAGAACUGUUUUAAGCUAUGCAUCGCGCAAGUACUUCUACAUCAACACCCCAAAUGGAGAGGUCUACACAGGACCUGAAACACUUGACCUGCACGACUUGGGCGUUGACGCCUUGAUGCUCAAUGAUAACCCAAUUCACUCCGACAAUUUCCGCCCCUUGCUUAGAACAAUGCCCACUCUGAAAGAACUAUAUAUCAACGAUUCUCAUCUUACUAACAAGACAUUGAAAGCAUUAACAAGACUCCCAGAUGACCACACAGACGACAAUGCAUUUAGAUUUCCAAAACUCCAGAAGCUUUACUUAACUUCUUGCAGUAUUGAUGAUAUUGCGGAUUCAACUGCAUUUAGAGACAUGGUUGCUAGUCACGAAAUUCAAGAACUUGGACUCAGUGUGCUAUUUACCACACCGUCGACUUCUGAUAAAAGGGACAACACUCCGAGAACCUAUGGAUUUGAAGAUCCCAGGGCGGCGCCGAUUCAGAGCUGGCUCCAAUCAAUCGUCCCUAGAUUUCGUGCCUCCGUCUGCGCUGAAGAACUCUUGGAGCCAGAUUUUCGUAGUGACGAAUGGAGGCUGUGGUAG